ACCACGAGCUGUUUUCAACCACGCGGCCAGUCACAAAAGUCUCGUGGCUGCCCAUCAGUGUUCAGUUUACGAAGUUUCUCUCAGAAUCUUGUAAUUGUUUUGCAACUUGAGUAACUUUUUACUUUGCUGCUAAACUCCUUCAACCAUUCAGUAUGAGUGUAGAAUCUGUGUCUGACCAACCCAGUAAGAACAGUUUGAAGAGGCGCAACAACUCUGGCACAUUCAAUGUUGAAAAUCCAAAGAAAAUGAAGAAAAUUCCGAAAUCUGGAGUUGGACUUGUCUAUGAAGCGUCUUCUAAAGGUCCACUGAAGAAGAAGAAAAAGAGGAGUUUGGAUGCUGGUAAUCAUGAUGAGCCAUCAUCCAAAAAAUCCAAAUUUGUACCUGAUGGGCACAAAAAGCAGGUGUUUAAGUCUCCCAAAAAGAACUCGGAUACACCUACCGAGAAGCCGGACUGGAAUAAGUUCAAAGAAGAAAAGAAAACCCUACGUGAAAAGAGACGUGCUUCUCAGAAAGCUGAUAGUUUUGAAAUAUCUAUUGAAGCUAAAAAAAUUUUAGAGACCAUUAGGAGCAGAAAAUGUCCUGCUGCCGAACAAAUUAUGCAGCUCGAAAAAAUUUAUUCAAUUUUGAAAGGAAAAUUGCUCUCUGUGGCGUAUGCACAUGACAUGUCACGAGUAAUUGAAACCAUGUUUAAAUUUGGCUCUGUUCAUAAAAAAACUGACCUUUUGAAGAAUAUGAUCAUAGAACUUGCUCCUGAGGCUUUGGAAAUGAGUAAGAGAAGAUAUGCCACUCAUGUCGUGCGGGCAAUGAUAACCCAUGCCCAUCCCUCUGAAAGGACUUUAAUUCUGGAAGCCUUCAAAGGUCAUGUUAAGAAGCUUUUGGGUCACAAGAUUGGCCAUGUUGUACUGGAAGAAUUGUAUUCCAAAUGCAAGCCCUCUGAACAAUGUGAACUUCAGAGGGAGCUCUAUGGAGGGUCACAUAAACUUGUCACAGACAAGCCUGUCACUGGCCUUGAAGUAAUUUUUGAAUCCUUACCAAACAUGAAGGACUCAACUUUAGUUAGUACUAAAGAAAACAUAAUGGAUCUCUUUGAAAAGAAUGUUGUGGAGUCGCGUAUAGUUCAUUCAGUUCUCCUGGACUAUCUUGGCCAUGCAAGUCCUGAGGAGAGUUCUCAAAUGCUGGAGCAAGCACGUAACCACUUCAAAGCGCUGACUCGCUCCAAGGAAGGCAUUCAUGUUGCAAUGAUGUGUGUAUGGAUGGGAACUUCAAAGGCACGCAAGAAGAUGAUAAAAGAACUGAAAGAUGGUGUUGUAGCCCUGGCUAUUGGAGAACACACUCACAUGUUGCUGCUAGCCAUUUUUGAUUGUGUGGAUGAUACAGUCUUUGUUCAAAAGGCUAUUCUUGGAGAAUUACUUGCUGGAGACUUGACUCCUCUUCUUAGCAGCACCUAUGGAAGGAAAGUUUUGAUGUACCUUUGCAGCAAACGUAACCCAAAAAUGUUUAGCAGCCCGAUUAUUGCGACAUUGUCUACAGGAGACAAUAAUCCUCAUAGUAAGAAGGAUGCUGAUGUUCGAGCUUUGGAUUUACAGAAAUUUGCUGUUCCAUUUCUCUUGAAAAGUAUUGCUCAGCAAACAACUCUUUGGGCCCAAAAUAAUUCCAAUCUUUUGAUCUUACUUGAGGCAUUAAAAGUUGGAUCUGGAGAUGAAUUGAAAAGUGCUUUGAAAGCAAUUGCGAAAUUUAUCACAAAUCCACCAGAUUCUCAACAAAAUGGAGUAGAUCUCAAAAUUGUUGAUGACAAUGGAUUUCACAUGCUAUUGAAAAAACUUGCUCAACAUGAUAAAGUAUUCUUGGAAAAUGGGGAGGCAACGUUUGGAGAAUCGCUGCUUGAAGAGUUAACUGACAACCACUUUUUAGCUUGGCUGCAAAACAAUAGGUGCUGCUUUGUUUUGUUGGAGCUCAUGAAGAACAGUUCAGAGGAUGUGGUUGGAAGUCUAAAGUCAAAAAUCAAGCAACUCUCAAAAUCUGUAUGGAAAAAGAAUUCUAUCACAGCUGGUGCACAGAGAAUACAGGAACUUUUGUGAUGUUCCAAUGAAAAAUUUUAUCUUUACCAUUAUAAAAAAUUGUAUGUUUAUUCAAAUAAUCUGCAAUUUUUACUCUUAAUAUUGUGUUGGCAAAUACAGUAUGAAACUAAACAUAAAAUAUAGGUGUGUUAAUUUUUUCCAAAAUGUCAUUGACUGUUAGUAAAUGAAUUGACGAGUACAGCCAUAUACAUGUUGUCUCAGAUCACAUGUAUUUGAAUUAUAUUUUAAGUUUAGUUGGACUAGGAUUAUAUGGGGCUAAAAUCAGAUCAAUUGUUAAGAAAACUUUAUUCCAAGGUGAAAUUAAAUUUCAUUCUGACCUAA